CUCAGAGGCGGCCUCCGCGGCCGGAGCCAGGCCGGGCCCGCCUCAGCCCGCCCCUGGGGAGUGGUUUGGCCGCGACUUCCCUCCGCCCGGCUUCGGCCGCCGCACGUCGGCGAAGUCUCUGCUGCUCUGCUUCGCCCGGGCCGUCUCCUCGCCGCAGGUCGGAGGGUAGUACACGGGGCGCAGGAGUCUGAAUAUAACUUAAGACCAUGGCAACACGCUGGAGAAGAGCAUUGAUAUUUGUGGCAGCUCAAGUACUAUUUGUGCUAAACACUUUUGAGGAAGAGGAUGUACCCGAAGAAUGGAUUCUUCUUCACGUUGUUCAAGGUCAGAUCGGAGCAGGAAACUACAGCUACUUGAGACUAAAUCAUGAGGGAAAGAUAGUACUUCAGAUGCGAAGUUUGAAAGGUGAUGCAGACUUGUAUGUAUCUGACAUGACACUUCACCCCAGCUUUGAUGAAUACGAGUUACAGUCUGUAACUUGUGGCCAAGACGUUGUCCACGUUCCUGCACACUUCCGGCGCCCAGUGGGAAUAGGGAUUUAUGGUCACCCUUCUCACCUGGAGAGUGAGUUUGAAAUGAAAGUAUACUAUGAUCGAACAGUUGUACAGUACCCCUUUGGUGAGGCUUCUUACAACCCCGAGGAGAUGGAGGCAAACCAGAAAUACUCACAGUCUACAGAAGAUGAAUAUCAGGAUGGGGAGUCUGUUUUCUGGACUAUACUUUUUGGAAUCUUGAAAUUAAUACUUGAAAUUCUUUUUUAAAAAAAUUGAUACACACUGGACUAAAUCACACUUCAGCCUGUGAAAUUGGAUACAAAUGACUUGCUGUAAUAUUUAAUAAUCUUUGUUAUGUUUCCUGAGGAGGUAUUCAGGUUACUUUUCCUAAACCAGAAAGUAAGUGGGGGAAAAAGCCAUAUUUUAAUUUUAUAUUGUAAAUCCUCCCCAUGUGUAAAAUAAGCAGCAAGGACAGUAUUUGCAGUGUUCUUCAGAAAUCAGGGCUUCAAAAUGAAUGUACAGUUGGGAUCUUCUUAAAUUCACUUUAAACAGGUGCUUAGGAAAAUCAACUCCAAGUCAGUAUUUUCUAUUGUUGUUUUAAAGAAAAGUAAAAUAACAAACUGCUGCACUUCAGUGCCCCCUCUCAAUUUAGAGCCUAUUUAAAAAGAAAAUCUACUCCUUUUCUGAUACUGAGCAAGUAUCUCCAGUAAAAAUAAUUAACAAUGGCUUUUGAGCAUACACAAGUGGAGGAGCCUAGGGUAAAGGAAGGAAAACCCAAUCAGUCACCUGAGGGGAUAGAUGAUCUGUGUUUUGACUGUUUGUUCUCUGCACCAAGUCAGCCAUCUGUCAGGCAGAGGUCUGUCCAGUCACUCGUCACCUCUGCAAAUCCGUGACCUGAAUCAAGCGCGUGUCACUUCUUCACUAUUACUGCAGGGAGAGCAAGCCUUCAGCUGUUGUUACUUGUCAAUAUGACAUUUUCAUUCCUCGUUAAAAGCAACGCAGCAUAUAGUAUCUUGAACUUGAGAGGUGUUUUCUUACCACCUCCCUUUAUAGCUUUUUGUGAUUGAUCUUUUUAGUACACCUUUAUGAAUAAGUCAUUAGCUUGCAACGAAAAUUCUGCUGAAAUGAAUUUGCAGUACGUUGUAGGAAAGUCAGGUCCUGCCCACUCUUCUUUGAAAGUUAGUUUUUCCAGGAGUAUUUUUUGCUUUCGUUGAGUCUUUCAAAAUAACCAGUUGCUAUGCAAAUAGUAUAUGUUUAAAUUGCUCUGUAAUUUUCUUUUCGCAGAGCUUACUGAUGAGUGCACUGAAAUAAACAAGUACGAUACUAUAAUUUUAUACAAACGGUGCAUGUACGAUUUAAAUUUCAUUACUGAAAGCCUUCUCUUUCUGAGAGGGAAUUUGGCUCUAUCUCUAGAUACCUGAAAGAACAUUAUCAGUGACUUCUAUCACAAAAAAAUCAUUAUAUAGCCAAAAUUAAAAGUUUAUUUGGUAAAAAGAAAAAAAAAGUGGUAUUGUUCCUCUUAGAGUGGUUGGUUAAAUAGCACCAAAGUAUCACUUUAAUUUGUGCAGUUAAGUUUUGGACAGCAAGUUUUGGGGAUUUUUUAGCCCUCCUUGCUGUUUUUCCCCCUUCUUCCUCCUCUUCGGGGUACGGGAGGGUCUUUCUGACAACAAUCACAAAUCCAGCGACCUAAGAAAAGAAAGUUAUCAAUUAUUGGGAAACUUCCUUUGUUACUCAUUCAUCUAGUUACACACCUUCCACACCAUUCUACUAAUAGGUGCUCUUCCAUUUGCAGUACUUCCUUUAAUGUAAACAACCAGUGCUUUUCCUUAAAGUGUAGGCUCUUUUCUAAAAGGGUACAGAAAGCAGCAUAUAAAAUUCACCCUCCAUUGUGGACUCAUUACAUCUAACAGCUGGUGACACUAAUCUUUGUGGACCUCAAAAAGUGCCAGCACUGCUAAGGAGGUGGUUAUUAGGAAAGACCUCGAUAAAUGAUGCUUGAGUUUGCGAGCUGUAUUUUCACAUGAAUGACCCCAGUUGGAGGUUUUGGGCAGCUGAGUUGAGCAGAAAUGAAGGGCAGUUGGGGGAUGUUGCUCUUCUGCCACAGGUAUGGGGUCCCGCUCCCCAAACCAACGUCAGUUAUUUCGGUGCAGUCAAGCAGCACAGAUUAAACUGCUGGCAGGGGUUCAUCGCCAGACCUUGUACUAAAACUCAUUUACUGAGGGAACAAUAAAGGGUUGAGCAAAGAAUAGAAGUAUUUAUCUGUUUAUAUUACAACGGCUGGAAUCAUAAAGACUGCUUUGGUAAUUUUGUAUUUUGUAAGCAUGUAAUCUAUUUAGUUUAGAUUAUGUCCUUAGGUCAGCCUGAAAGUUAAAUUGGCUACUGGAACUGUACUGAAGUGACAGCUAGCACCAGUGCUUCCCAAAAUGGGACUGUACAGUGUAUUUGAAGAACUGUAGUUACAGCCAAUAUGUCACUGCAGAACUUACAGCCACUAAACUAAUUUACCAUGGAUUUAGUAUUACAUGAAAAGCAACAGUACCACGUUAUUUAUAUGUCUGAAGCUUUCUUUACACUGCCUUGAGUUGGCCAGGUAGUAGGAGUGACCAGGUAAUUUAAAGAUACAGGCUGCCUGACAUCUAGGUACUUCACUUCCAGCUUUGAUGUUUAAGAAAAAAUGGGAAGGAAUGGGUUUAAAAAGGUGUUUACAAAUAUUAAAUUCAGCAUACUUUUUACUUUAGAAACUGAAAUAAUAGCACAAACACUUUAUUAAUGUGAAAGCUAUAGUCCAGCAAUAUGCAGCAAUAAAGCCUCUUUACAGAUUUCUUUUAUGAAAAGAGGUAAUUAUUCUCAGUGUUCUGUGGAUAUGGGAAAGGAAAAAAAACUACCAACAACCUACUUCUGAGUGAGUCUGUUCGGAUUCUGUUGUAAAAGCCAAUUAUAUUUCCUGUACAGGAAUUGCCAGGUUAAACUGUGCACAACCAAAUAUACAGAAAUAAAGCUUAUUAAAAAAA